AUGUAUGGUGUUAUUUCAAAUAUUUGGCUUAUUGGAUCAACGAAGCAUCACAAUGGGGGAAUUCGAAGGCCUGGAAAUCCCAAAAUGGAUAUCAAACCCAAGUCAAAGAUUUCGGCAUCUCGGAAACUUUCUUUAAAGAUAAUGCUUCUUAAUAGAGCGAUUGACGAUUUGGAAAGAGAGAAACAAGAUAGGGAUGAGGAAAAAAAGCGCUACUUGCAAGAAAAACUUCCUCCUUUGCAACUGUCUGGGCUUUCUUUGGGCGAGUUACAGAAUCUGUGCAAGCAAUUUUACGCCAAAAUCGAUGCGGUAGAUGAAGAGAGAUAUGACUAUGAGGACAAAGUUGUUAAGCACAACAAAGAUAUCACUGAGCUCAAACUGAAGAUUCAGGAUCUGGGAGGGAAGUUCAAGAGGCCGGCGCUGAGGAAGGUGCGCGUGUCUGCCGAUGAAAUGAUGAGGGCCCUGCUGGGUUCGAAACACAAAGGCUCCAUGGACCUCCGGGCAAAUCUGAAGUCGGUCAAGAAAGAGGACAUCAAGCAAGAAAAGGUCUCGACUUCUGAGGUUAGUGACUGGCGUAAGAAUGUGGAAGCCAUGUCUGGCAUGGAGGGAAGAAAGAAGAUGUUUGACGCUGCUGGGGGAGGCCAGUGAGACCCUCUGGAAUGCUUGGUCUUGAGGAAAAAUAUUUUUUUCUGCCUUUUCACAGCUGCUGUCUAAUUGUUUUCAAUUACACCUCAUGUUCUAAAGCAUUAGUUCAACCCCCAAAAUACAAUCAUUCAUUUUACAGUAUAAAUUUAAUAACUUUUGGUUUAAUAAUGAUAAUAACAACAAUACAAAUACCAGUGUAACCUGUUCCUUUAGAAAUUCUAUUGAGAUCCAUUCUCCAAAAGGUUUUAUAUUAGUGGUUUCACGUGUAUCUGUAUCUGUCAGCAUGUUUGGUUCAGUUUCUCUGAUGGUAUAUGUUGACUGUUCAGACUAAAAAAGGUUCAUAUAGGAUACGUUUAGAGCAAUAUGAUAUUUCGAAAUGUAUGUGAUUGUAUGCUAAAUUGAAGUCUUAAACCAGCAUUAAAUGUUGCAGAAUUAAACAGAACAUGUUUUAAACAAUGUUUUAUUAAACUCUUGGGCAGUC